AUGGGCCUCGCUACGGCGAAGUUGCUCCUAGAAAUGGGCAACGACGUCGUCUCUGGUGACAUGAACGGCUCUCCUGUCAAUCAUGCUAAUCUUACCUUCCUCGAAACAGACGUGACAAUUUGGGAUCAACUCAAGACUUCUUCAAGAAAGCCACAGACAAACACGGCCGUAUUGAUCAUGUAUUUCCAACGCUAGGAUAUCAGGCGAAGCGGAUUACCUGCAAGAUAAUUACGACGAGAAUGGUGGGCUCCUUGAGCCAACGAGAUUGGUAUACGAUAUUAAUCUAAGAGGAAUGAUCAAUACCGCCCAUCUUGGACUACUAUAUGCAAAAGCAAGAUCCACCUGGAGGAAGCAUUGUCUGCACCGCUUCAGCAUCCUCCUUUCAACGCUUCGGGGUGACAGGUUAUACCACCGCAAAACGCGGCGUCUUCGGCUGGAUGCGUGGUAUGGUUGCUAACCUUCAAGAGCAUAAGGUCCCGAUCCGCAUCAACUGUAUUGGGCUUUCAUGGACGGUAACGGGACUUGUACCGAAAGAAAAAUGCGAUGAAGCUGAUCUGGAAACACAGACUGCAGAGGUUGUUGCCGAACUGGUGGCGUAUUUGAUUGCCGACGAGACGAGGCACGGGCAAUUUGUAUUCAGUGCUAGCGAAAGACUUUAUGAGAUGGAGGAGAGUCGAUUGCUGCCGGCUGUGAAGGACGGUCGAUUGAUGCCGGCUGCGAAGGAGAUUAGCGGUGGAGGUAGAAAUACGGAAGAGGAGGCGUAUGAGCGAUUGAGGCAGGUUACUACAUGUAGUGAACUCGGACAGCCGGGGAAGGCGCAAGACGCUGGUGCUGCUGCUUUCGUCAUGAUUCAAGCCUUUGGUGCUAGGACUUUACUCAGUACAUAUCUCGCCUGA